AUGGACGGCAAUAAUCAAGAGCCCGUCCGCCCGAGGAAGCCGGAGGAGGAAAUGUUUUACUCCUGUUGUCGUAGGGAACAGAGAAACAAGAGAAGGCCUCCGUGCUGCUCGCUCGAGUUAAAGAGACGCCUGGCGGCCCACAAGAGGGCCCAUCAGGACCGUGCACUUCCCAAAGAAGAAAAUCGGAUUCCUGAACGUCCAGACUGUCACGCUCAAGUUUUGGACGGAGACAAGGAGAUGGAGAGACGUUCAAGGUGCUUAAGGAGUCAAGUAGGAAAAACUCCGAUUCAAAAGCCGCUGUGCAGACUGUGCGAGUGUCCGACGUCGGACGGCCACGUCCUCGCGUCGCAGGUGGACAGGUUCAAGCUGAGGAAAUGGGCCAUGGAGGUCAUGAACCUGACGGAAGAAGACGAAAACCUGCCGGAAAUGGUCGAAGAAGACGCUUUGAUCUGCUAUUUUUGCAUCUGGCAGGCAGAGUUUGGGGAUGAGUCUGGAGACGUGGCUGUGGCUUGGUGGCCGAAAAUCCUUGAUUUGGAAGAAAACGCAAAGGUGCUUCGCGAGAAUUAUUCAGUUGGAGAAGUUGAACAGUGUUGGGUGCAGUUGGAAGAAAUUGAUCUGGCCGAGUACGAAAAGGAAAUCCCUAAAAAGAGGGAUCGCAGUGGAGUGUGUCUUUACUGUGGAAAGAGAUACGACCGUCUGAUGAAGCACGUCAAACUGAUGCACAAAGAAGCCAUCAAAUGCGGAAUUCGGGGCUGCAUGACUUACUUUCACACCGAGGAGGAAAAAGAGCAGCACAUGCAGCAUUAUUUACACGAGAAACGUGGCAAACCAUGCGAAAGUUUUCGGUGCAAUUUUUGUGAAAUCGGCAAAUUGUAUUCCUCAAGAACAUUGUGGAAGCAGCACAUGAGACGCAAGCAUCCAGAACUGGUGGCGUGCACGCAUUACGGCUGCAUUGAGUACUUCAAAUCCAAGCCUGAGAUGAUUCUCCACGUCAACGCGUUUCACAAACAAAGCAUAAAACAAAAUCAUUUCGAGUGCAAGCACUGCGAGUAUUUCACCUCGCAAGAGUACAAGUUGAAACGACACGAGCAUUCAAAGCACAUGCCAAAGAUCUUCGAAUGCGACAGUUGCGAGGCCAGUUUCGGCUCACAAUACCUGAUGUUCCCCUCCAUCAUCCUGUACCAUCUUGAAAAAGUGCGUUCGAUGCAGAAGAUUGAGUGCUUCCCUCGGCGGCCUGACUCUCAAAAGCAGAGAUGA